GCCAGAGCUAAACUCUCGGUCUCUCAUGUCUCAGAUUCUCUAGUUGCUUCGAAGGCGCCUCUUAAUCCAGUCUUUAAUUCCAGAACCAUGGCAGAAGUUGUGCGAGAGCUUAGAGCUUAGAACCGAGUUGAGAACCCCUUUCCCUACCUGAGUAUCGAGGCGAGUUCCCUAGAAAUAUCAGCCACUUGGUUGGCUGAAUGUGAGAGACAGACGCAGAAACCCCAAAGAGCAACGUGCUUUUACCUCAUUCUAUCAGCAAGGAGCUUCGGUUACAACUUGAAAUGAUAUGAGCAGGCGAGGCGAAGAAUCAAGAUGGCACGAGCUAUCCAGCGAAGUUGUCUGCAGACCAAUUGAGCACUAGCGGCUGGCUUUCCUGCAGGUCAUUGAUUUUCAGCUGGCGUGAAACUGGCUUUUGAAAGGUAUUUAGAGUAGGGAUUUGUUAGCCUUGGUGCCCUUCCCUUCGCUUGAGUCUUCAUACCGAUUCGAAUUCUUAGACGGAUCUCAGUGCGUGGAGGGGUAUGGACUGGAAGCAGCUCUGCCUGGAAGCUGGGUUGAGUUGGUCCGAGAAGAACCUACAAGAUGCGGGCGUUUCCACCACAGAUGUGGAGCCUCUGAUCCAGGUCUUCAAGGCCCUUGGGGAGUACCUUGAGUUGGCAGAUCGGAAGGAGGUGUUGUAUGACUUUCAUCUAAAGCACCUGUCUGCUCUGCUCAAGGGCGGCUAUGAGGGCGUGAGGGAUUUUGUGGACGCCCGGGAAACGGACCUUGAGAAGUGCGGACUGCUCCCAGCAAAAGUGGGCAUGCUGCUCCGUAAUCAAGAGAAAGCAAGGUCAACGCUAGAGCAGCGGCAGCAGCGUCAGCAACUGUAUGGACAAGGCGCUCCGCCAAGUAAGAGGCAGCGGGUGAAUGUGAAGGAAAGGCCCAGUGACUUUGGGUCCAUCAAAAGAGCACAGUUGUACCUGCUCAAGCCGCACCAGUCGGACACCGAUGAGCUUCAACAGAGCAAGGCGUGCUUCAUCACCGGCCGGCCGAUUGUCGCCCCUGUUCGCGGUGCCCUCUCAGCGGCCCUCUUGGCUCCUGAAUUCGGCAUUGUUCUGGAUGCCUGCUGGCGCGACUUCGGCAAUCCAACUCCCUUCUACUUCCAGCAAGCUCAUAAGCUGCUGGCGCUUAUGCGGAAGCUUUACCCCGAGGAGAGGGAUCGGCAGCUGGCGUACAUGGAGUGGCACAACGAGACUUAUCCAGGAUUGAAGAUUGUCCUACCGGGUCGAUCAGCGUCCGCCUCAGGCCCCAGCCCCGGCAGCGUCGAGCCAAGCACCGAUGGAAGGUUCGCGGUGCCCUUCGUGUGUGGGGACAAGUGCGCCAUCGUUCUGGAGGCCAAGAACGAGCUGGGGGCCUGUGGAGACCCGCACAUACAGGGCCUCCGGUAUUAUCAGAUGCUGAUUGGGGACGGGACGCAGACUGAUGACUACUUGGAGGCGAUGGGGCAUCCAGCUCUCCAGAUCGGGCUGUGUGGGCCUUACUUGGAUAUCAGUGCGAUGUAUCGCCUCGAGAGUAACCAGGUGGUGCUGGAGCCUCUGACGCCGCUGCUGUCCCUGACAUUCGAUCCGCUCCGUCAGCCAGCAGCCAUGGCUAGCCUUGCCAGGGUCCUCAUGGCGCUUGGCGUGGCGGGAUGGGGGCUUGUACAACGCCUCCUAAAGUUUGCACAGCCCGAUGUGUCCUGGAUGCAGGCAUGCCAAGACCAGAUCAAAGACCAGAUCAAGCUGGACGCUGAAACUUGGGCCGAAGGGUACGAGGGGAGCGACUGCCGGAAGUGGUUCGAUUUCGUACAGACCGCAGCCAGCGACGCCAGAGCGCUGUGCAGCCUGCGUGCGGCAGUCGGGGACCUGGUGCCGUACCCCCUUUGGGGUCAACGGUUUGAAGAACUGCAGCUGCUGCACCCAGGACGGAACCGAUUGGUGUAUGCAGCGACAAGAGUACGGGACGGGGUCAAGGAGCCCGUGGUCAUCAAGCUCACCAGCGAGAGAUACCCAGCCGAGGUGCACCGGGCGUGGAGUGACGCGGAAGUAGCUCCGAAGCUCUAUGCUUGUGAUUCGCUGCCUGGUGGUUGCUCUUCGGUUGUAAUGGAGAGACUGGGGGAUCGAUGGUCGACCCUGGAGGUGCUGGCCGGAGAGGAGCGGCAGGAGGUCAAGGAGGCCGCGAAGGAGGCCCUUGCCCGAGCUCACAAGCUGACUGUGACCGUUGGGUCAAAGACGGGGAUCGUUGUGCAUGGGGAUGCGCGCGGACCCAACAUCAUGGUUUGCCGAUCAGGGGAGGGGUGGGCAAUUAGAUUCAUUGACUUCGACUGGGCUGGUCUUCAUGAGGUGGCGAGGUAUACUUCUAGCCUCAAUCCUCACCACAAGUGGCACCCAGAUGCAAAGCAAGGGGCAGUCAUGCGACAAGAACAUGACGAGCACUUGCUUCACAGUAUCUAAGCGAUGGAACACUUGGCUACACCAUGCAGACUCAUGGCAACGGGCAAUCAUGCAAUAAGAAUAUGACAACCAUUGUCCAGUCCUGUUUGAACCCUGGAACCCAUAGAAAUGUGGAAAAUCAGCGUUGUAUGCGGCGG